UUUUUUGAUACGAUUCACAGAAGACGCCUCCAUCACAGUUUCUUCUCCGUCUCCCAUCUUCUUCUCUCUAGCCACCGCCGCCAGCUCGCCGAUCUCCGGCGCCACCCCUUCUCGACUCAGCUCUCCGAUCUCCGAUCUCUGAUCUCCACCGCCGCCAACUCUCAGAUCAGGUUUUCUACAGAGAUAAAAGAAGUAAUUAGCGUCUAUAGACAUGGAUCCUGAUUCAGUUAAAUCGACUCUGCAAACUCUAGCAUUUGGAAAUGUAAUGGCUGCAGCUGCUCGUGAUUAUCAGAAGGAAGUUGCAGCUUAUGAAAAGGCACAAACAUCAUCGUCUGUUAAUGAGGAGGUUGAUCUAGAUGAUUUGAUGGAUGAUCCUGAGCUGGAAAAGCUGCAUGCAGAUAGGAUUGCAGCUCUUAAGAGAGAAGCUGAAAAGAGACAAUCAUUAACGAAAAAAGGGCAUGGAGAGUAUAGGGAGAUAACUGAAGGAGACUUUUUUGGGUGA